AUGAAACUAGUCUACGACGUAUCUCUGGAUAUUGCGAAAUAUCUCCCUUACCAAUAUUGCUUACAUCUGUCCCUGGCUGACGAGACACUCCACGAUCUCCUGUAUCUCCCACUCCUGAAGCAUAAUGUCAACCUUGACCUGAGUAGAAUUUUUCAUGUUUCAAGUAGCGCCAUAGAUCAUGCCAUUGAACAUCAAAAUGUAGUUCUUUUCGCAAGAAUCCAAGAUUUUAUCAACCCACAAACUGACGACUCCAUGAACCCGAAGGCCAGUCACUUACGCUUUGAAUGGUUCAAGUGCAAGUCUUAUCGAUGUUGCGAUGCGCUACAACCGUUGGUAGCCUUCGCCUUAGAGCAUGGGAUACCGGAUGAAGUGCUCAAGGAUCUGCUCGGUUUCGGUGUUGACAGCCAUUACUUCGACGGGUUGAACCACAGGCCGGCUUUGGAAUAUGCUGCACAGAGCCUCAACAUCGAGGCAAUGCGCAGGCUUCUACAGAGAGUCAACCAAGACCGAGACAAUGAGUCUGGUGAAAAAGAGUCCGACCUGUACCCCGGGGAGACAGUCACCAGUGGCUCAGACUGUCCAGCAUGCGCUGAUGACCUCAAGCAGUCGAGCGAUGGAGGCCGCGGCGUAUGGCUGGAGCAGAUACAGCGUUAUAUUGUGCGCCUGCUCGACGGAAUCAAUGGCCUCCUCGAGCACAGUGCUGCAAGGUACAUCAACCAGAGUGGCGAGCCCGCCAUCAGUCGAUCCAUAGACUUGCAGACACCCAACUCUCGCGUCUUUUACGAUGAAGGCCGCGAUCCCUAG